AGCCCGACGAUUCCGCCAUAAGCGAAAACUUUGGACAACGUCGACAGGUCCUCACCGUUCGAUCUCAUUCGUGGUGCGGGAUCGGCUUGCGAAUUAUCAUCGGACACGCGAUGAGGGACAAUUAGAGCGCGUGCGUGAGACGCGUCAGUAAUGCCCGGUUUAGAAGAGGAUAUUUCGCACGACACGAGUCCACCACCCACGCGCGCCCUAAUGUCCGAUGGGGAUCAUGCAGUGACCGAGCAAGUGAAAAGAUACGUCUUCAAAUCGCGAAACACGCAAAGUUGCGCGCAAGCCGACGAGGGCGAGGAUAGCCUGGAGAUCCUUAUUCCGGAGUUGCUGCAGGCUAAUUACAGCUUUUAUACUUGGCCCUGUGCAUGUGUGCUCGCUUGGUACCUCUGGGAACACAGGGAGAACCUGCUCGGCAAGCGUGUCUUGGAGCUCGGAGCUGGUACCUCGUUACCUGGUAUUCUCGCUAGUAAAUGUGGUGCGAUUGUUACCUUGAGCGAUUCUGCGAACCAGCCAAGGACUCUGGAGCACAUCAGGAGGUGUUGCGAAGUGAACGGAAUCGCUGAUCAAGUACGAAUCAUCGGCAUCACCUGGGGCUUCUUGUCCAGCUUGUUUUCGCUUGGACAGCUGGACUUGAUUAUCGGGUCGGACUGCUUCUACGAACCCACCCUGUUCGAGGAUAUAGUGGUCGUCGUAGCUUUUCUGCUGGAGAAGAAUCCACGCGCGAGGUUUCUCUGUACGUAUCAAGAGCGCAGCGCAGAUUGGUCCAUCGAGCAUUUGUUGAAUAAGUGGGGCCUUUCGUGUAUGCACGUAACACUGGAUAAUCUUGGCGCAAAUUCCAACAUUAAUGUACACGAAUUGAUGCAGGAUCACACGAUACAUCUGUUAGAUAUACAUCGGGCGGAAUAAAGUCAAUCAAUCACCUGCCAUGGCUGGUAAUGGUUUCAUCCGAUACAUGAUUCAUAUCUC